CAAGGAGGACGCUGAUUGGGUGAGGCGGGAGAGCGCGCUGCCGGGGGCGGUUUCGGUUUUCGCCGCGCGCGUCCGCGGAGGCCCGGCCUGGGAGAGCUCCGGAUCCGGCUGCGAGAUGAGCCUGGGGCCAUGAGAGGUGAUAGUUACAAGCUGCACAGCUGAUUAAGUAGCAGAGGAGAUUAGAACUCAGGUUUCCGGCCUCCCAAGAUUGUUAAACAUGAGUCUACGGAAGCAAACCCCUAGUGACUUCUUAAAGCAAAUCAUCGGACGACCAGUUGUGGUGAAACUAAAUUCUGGAGUGGAUUAUCGAGGGGUCCUGGCCUGCCUGGAUGGCUACAUGAAUAUAGCAUUGGAACAGACGGAAGAGUAUGUAAAUGGACAGCUGAAGAAUAAGUACGGGGACGCGUUCAUCCGAGGAAACAAUGUGCUGUAUAUAAGUACCCAGAAGAGAAGGAUGUGAAGACACCAGGAAGCAGCUCUCCUCAGAGUUGGAUAGAAUUUGUUAUGAAGUGUUUUGUUUUGUUUUUUGUCUUUUAUGAUCUUCGUUCGUGUGUUUUCAUAGUGGUUGGUGUGUUUUGUUUUGUUUUUUUAAUUGACAUUGAAAUAAGAUAGAGGUGUUACAUUACAAAUUGAAUCUUAAACUUUUCACGUUUAUGUUUACUUCUAUCUGUACAGAAUGCUAAAAUUAAAAACAAAAAACCCAA